UUCUCCUCCUCCUCUCUCCCCCUUCGAACCAACCAGUUCACUCUCUUCCCUCUACAUUCUACCCUGUCUCUCUCUGUUUCUCCACACUCUCUAUUCUCUCUCUCUGUAUCUAUUCUCUCUCACACUCCACCCGUCGCACGUUCCUCAUUUCUUUACAUAACUAAAAACAUCAGAAGGACACAACAUGGCCAUGUAGCUACCAUCUAUCCAACCACCCACAGACAACAUCUAUUUCCUCAUACAUAAAUUCUUCUCGGGCAUUUCUUUCUUCUUUCUUUCUGCCCCAUAAACAACAAGACAAAGUUUUAGGAUAAACCACAACAUCAAACAGCGAUGAGAUGAUGUACAAAGUAUUAACACAAGACCAAUUGGUACAGCUCCAUGCUACCCUUAAGGAAUCGCUACCCGGAACUGCCAAGGUAUUUUAUACAAUUCGACACAUUUUGAAUGGAAUCUUAACCAACUUUGAGUGUCUUGUGGAUUCCUGGCCAAAAUAUACAUGUUUUGUUGUACGACCAUGUACAGGCAAAGAGGUUCCAGCCUUCUUCCAGUACUCCUAUAUUUGUCACACAAAGAGUGCCAGCACCCUCAAAUAUUUUCUGCAAAGACCGGGUGUGAUAGACUGGACAAAGCCUGUUAACUUUUCUGGAAUUCCUUAUGAUUUGAUUCCCACAUCCAGAGAAUUCUGUCGGAAGCUGGGCGGAACCAUGCAAUGUCGUCCACCACAUUUCAUGUACGCUUGGUGCAAAACAGUUCCAAUUGACUUAGCCAAAGACAUUCCAGUUGGGUUUGAACUUGGGUCCUUAUGCAAGUCUGAUGCCGCAGCAUUGUUGCCAGUGUGGAGUUCAUCCCUCUCAGAACAUGAUGGAAUUGAAGAAUACUUCAAAUGCAUCUUAGAAAACUUUGAAAGCUCAUGUCUACGACACACGUCAACGGGUGAAUUGGUUGCGUACGCUUGUCGCAAGUUCAACGGAUCAAUCUCAAUGGUUUAUGUGAAACCAGAAUAUCGCGGGACACACUUCAGUGGUGUUGUAUUCAAAGACAUUGCUUCCAAAAUUGCAGCCAAUGGUGAUACACCGUUUGGUUUCCUAGCGACAGAUUCUAACAAGCUCAUUGAAAUGGCAAGAAUUCUUGGUUUCACUUGGGUGCCACAGAGUAAUAUGACUUGGGCUACUUAUUUGCCCUCCAUCAAAAUGACUCAGUCAGAGAGGAUAUUAAGUUGACAAAUAGUGAACAGUUAAAUCAUAGAAUUCUCUUUGAAUAGGCUUAUAUAGCUGUGUAUGUGUGUGAGAGAGACAGAGAGAGUGUGUUUGUUUCUGUACAGUAGCCUAUAUAUAUAUGUAUAUAUAUGUAUGAAAUAGGUUUCCCCAUAUAUAUAUAUAU